GUCCGCAAUCUCGCACAGCACUGCCCGCACACCACACACGUCUGCACGAACGCUUCCGGGAGUACAUCGCACCCCCUUCCUGUGAAGCCGCGUCGGGGUCGCGGGGUUAGUCAUCGCUGGAUCGAAGAUAAACACGCAAAGGUUGGUCCCCAACCAAGUUCGGGUGAUUGCUGCAGGAGCACACCGAGUUUCGGGCGCCCCACCCGUGAAGGGAGGUUAGCUUUGUUGGUUGUGGAGGAAGCAGUUGUUCUGGGCACAAGCGCAGGGAACACGAAGCCGCCUUGCGGCGUUGGCACCGCGUGUGUGGAGUUCGUGCCGCGUGUGAUGAAACAUGUCACACGGAAUGGACAGCAGUCGGGACUUGUACUCGCCAGCGCGCUCGCCAGCGCCCGAGCUCGGGAAGCGAAAGUCGCCUCCUAGCAGUCGCUACGGAUCGAACUCACCCUUCGUGGACGCCGAGGGGUGGGGAGGUGGGAGGGCUGCUUCAAGUGGAGGUAGCGGUCGCCAGUCCAACCCCAUCGGACUGGACUUGUCGAGCGGCGGCUCGGACGUAUCGGCCAGCAGCUGUGUCGUCUUCCAAGGGGUGGUUCCGGCAAAGCGCGGGAAGGCGGGACGGGGCGAACAGAGCUCAGAGGAGGAAGUUUGCAGCGAGGGGGACCACUGCUCGGAGGGAGUCGGGUCUACGAAACAGGGGAAGGGUGGAGGGAAUAAGGGCAAAGAGAAGGCCCCCCAAGAAGAUGUUAACCAGUUCAACCUCACGCGGGCCAUGGCGAGGGACGCGGAAUGGGAGAAGGCGUACCGAGCUAUCCAGAAGCUCUGUCCGGCGGGGGAGAGGAGUGACGCUUUGAGGCCUGGCGUCUGGCUUCAGGUGGUGGACACAUUCCUGGAGCCUCAGCAGAUGUCCAUCAUCAGGAAGGGCAAGAGCCGAGACGUGUUCGUCGACUACCAGCGCAACCGACCCCCCGUCGACAAGGUGAAGCUGGCGCAAUCGAUCGAGAGGGGAUGGAACCGCGCGAAGGCGGCCUUCUUGGCAAAUGAGCAGGCGCGUCCAAGGAGACCGGAGAAGGGACGAUGGCAGCGGAGCAGGAGAGCGAGGUGCUCGCCAAUAACUCGGAGUCGAGACUACCAUCUGAUGUUGUCCAUACAGUACCAGCAAGCUGCGAAGGAGCAGGCGAUGGCGGGCGACACGGUUGCGAAGGAGCACAGACAGGACGGCAUGAGGGUGCGGGACAAGGCUGCGGGUAUCUCCCCCGGCGGAGGUUCCUCCGGUCCUUCAACAGCCAGGGGUGGAAAGUCUGGUCGCGGGCGAGGCGGAGGUUCCGCCCGCGGUGCCUCCGACCGUGUCGAAGGUGUUACGCGCGGGCGGGGGGCUUCGGGGAGUGCGCGCGGUAGCUCGGCCAGCGCGGGUGGGCGUAGCCGUGAUUCCACCUCGGGGACCCGAGGAGGCGCUUCGGGCGGGAAUGGACGCGGUCGUGGGGCUACGGGGCAUGGACUCCCCGGGUCGUCCGCUGGGAGUGGACGUGGGAACGGCUCAGCUGGCCGUAGGCGCACCUCGCGAGCGUUCGGGUAUGUCGAGUUACCCGGCCGCUCGGUUAUCAACCGAGAGCAGGAGGAGGAUUACUUCGCGCCCAGGCGAGGCUCUUUGGAGAUGGGCGGAGAGCAGCAUUCACGCGACGAGGGGCAGCCCGACGGGGAGGACGACGCUGACGGCGGGGACAACGACGACGACCUUUCUUGGGCCGGGUCGUUGGGGCAGGGAGACGACGGAAACUACGGCCCUGGUAGCGUCGAUCUCGAAGACGAUGUCUCGAAGACGAUGAGGCGAAGGACAAGACCGUGA